UUUCAAAGUAAGAUAAAAUAAUGUGACACUUAUCAGAGAAAAUCUAAAAUAAAUUUAAAUUUACCCGGGUAAGUAUGUGAAAUUGUGAGAUUGAAUAGAAGGUUCACUUCUUAAACAUACUUCGGAACUAUUUUAUAUAUACCGUUACAUUUCUAAAAUCGAGUCUAUUCUAAAAAUGUAAUUUGAAAGCUGCUUCGAUUUUAAGUUUUAAACUGUAGUUUCCGGUUUCGGGGGCGUGGCGUUGUGUAGCAAUCGUCGUUAGGGCGAACAUUCGUUUAAUCUAUCGAAUACUUGAAUAAAUAGGAAAGGAAUGUUUUAAGAUGUUUUCUCGGUUUAUCAGGGACUAUGUUCCGGCUUGUACCAGCGGAGUUUUGAUAGUGAAUCUGUUGUCGUGCACUCUUUUUGGUAUCCAAACAUGGUCUAACUUGACAGAGGGAUUCUUCAGUGUCGGUUCCUCAGUCUUCCAACAUGGACACAUCCACAAGCUUUUUAUUUAUCCACUCUAUCAUCAGACACUGCUGCAAAUGGUCUUGAACGCCACAAGUCUGUUACUUUUUAGUGGGAGCUUGGAGAAAGGUGUGGGCACAGUCCGGUUCCUGUUCGUCUUCUUCCUGCUGUCCACCACCACGGGUGUUUUGUACAGCUUCCUGGAUCUCUUGCAGGGGGGCAGCAGCCACACAGAGGGUUUGCUUCCUGUGGCGUUGGCCUGUGUGGCUUUGACUACCAUGCACACGAAGAUGACCAAAGGUUUCCUGUGUGGGGUCAGUUUUCCCACCAUGGCACUGCCCUGGGUGCUGCUCAUCAUCACCAGUGCCUUAAUUCCAAACUCUGUGCUCCCAUGUAACAUCAUAGCUGUACUGGUUGGAUGGAUGUUCGGGAAGGGAUGGUUCUCCCUUCUGAACAUGUCUGAGAACAGGGCUGCUUCUCUGGAGAAAAUACUGCCUUUCAGGAUGUUAAAAAACAUCAGUGGUGAUUUGUUUGUACCUGCUUCUGCUGAGGAAAGGAGGAGAACUCUGCUGCCACGCAUCAAUCCAACACCUGGUUCCUACCCAGUCCAAGCUUAUGCUCCUCUGUCCAGCAUUCAAGCUGGUAAUAACUUAAUGUAUGAAGGUUGGCAUAAUCAAGCCAGUGCUGUUCCUGGUGCAGCACCACUUCUUCAUUCUCAUGGAAAGAAGUCAACAGAAAACUCCAGCUUAAACCACGGCCACAGCCACAGCUGCAAUCACAGCCACCAUGGUCAUAGUCAUAGUCAUGAUCAUGGUCAUAGUCAUAGUCAUGGUCAUCCUUAAACAUGUGCAUUAGCACUUCUAAGCCUCUGGAUUAGCCUUAAUAAAAUAAUACUGCUACAGCUGCCAUUACAUAUUUACUCACUGUUAAUUACUUAUGUCAUUUAUUUGACGUUAAAGUUAUAGGUUGUUUUUGUAUAAAGUGCCACUAACUUUAAGGCAUGCCCUCUUGUGCACUGUUUUCUUUACCAAAUGUCUAUGCGUACAUAAAACAAUGUUGUCAUUCUGA